AUGAGGUGCUAUUGGGCUUUAGAAGUUCUACUAUUUUGUCUCGUGACGACAAUCACUUGUGUACAUGUCGGACUUCGAACUCAACAAGGCAUAGUCUACGGGCGACAAACGCAGAGUUCGAUUGAAUAUCUCGGAAUUCAGUACGCAAAAGUUAUUCGAUGGAAACCGCCAAUCGAUCUUGCAUCAGAAAAAUUUCCGAACGGUUCAUUUCAUGCGACAUCAUUUGGCCCGUGUUGUCCACAACCUAAAACGAAUACUUCUAUUCCUGAACAAAACGAGCAAUGUCUCUAUUUGAAUAUCUACAAACCUAUCAUUCCUUCCAAUCACUCUCUAUUGCCUGUGUUUGUUUGGAUCCAUGGCGGUGCACAUAAAAUCGGAUGUUCGUCUCAAAGUAUUCCGUUGAUCUACAAUGGCACCAAUAUGAUUGCUCAUUCGCCACCAGAUCAACCAGUGAUUAUCGUUACGAUUAAUUAUCGAUUGGGCGUGUUAGCGGAUAUGUUUCUGACCGAAUUAGUCGAUGAAGAUCCUCAAUGGCCAACAGCAGGUAACUAUAUGUAUUUGGACAUGUUAUCUGCGUUGCGCUGGAUCAAAAGAAACAUUCGUGAUUAUGGUGGCGAUGAAGAUAACGUUUCGUUGUUCGGACAAAGUGCUGGUGGCUUAUCUGUGACCGAUCUUGGUGCAUUGAAAGGAUCGGCUGGUCUCUAUCGAACGGCAGUAAGUCAAUCAGGUUUAGAUUCACCAGGAACUUAUUUAUCUUACUAUAACAUCACAUCUGCUCUCAACGUCUCUAGCUAUAUUGUUCGAAACUUGAACUGUACUAGCGAAGAUAAACAAAAGCUGCUUUCUUGCAUACGGAACGCUUCGAUUGAAGAUUUGUUUCAAAUCUAUGGCGACUACUAUACAAAACCAAUUAUCGACAGAUACUUUUUCCCUCUCUAUCCACCUUUAGCAAUUCAAAAUGGCCAAUACAAUAACAUCAGUCUUAUCAUGGGUAAUAAUGAUUAUGAUUUAACAUUGUGCUUACAAUAUCCGGAUAUGAAUUAUACCGAAGCAGUUGGAUUGAUCAGUCAAUCGGUGAACCGAAAAUGGAUUCCGUCAAUUGUUGAAUACUAUCAACUAGAGAAUUGUUCAGCAAAUCGAACAGCAAAUGUAAGUCGUUGUUGCCACAUCGUGAAUGUCAUCGCCACGGAUAAAUUAUUCGACUGUGAUAUUCGCCGAAUAUUCGAUGCCUUCUAUUCUAAAUACGGUCCUCAAUUCGCGCAAAAUAAAUUUUUUUCAUACCAUUUAAACUGUUAUCCGAAAUGUCCAAUCGUUCCCGAACAAGGACUUUGUCUACAUUCUGCCGAACUUCCAUUUGUCUUCGGCACUAUCAGUACUUUUCAUUCCGAAGAAGUAUUUAAUUGCACUUGGGAUCAAUCAACACGGUUAUUUUCCAAUAGAAUCAUUGCACAUUGGAUAAACAUAGCAACAACGGGAAGACCGCUGAUUCAGUGGCCGAGUUAUAAUCCGUAUGCACCGAAACAUUUUCAUAUAACGCCCGAUCGCGGAUUUAUAACGGAAGUAUGGGAUAGGAAUUGUUCUUUUUUCAAUGCAAUGGAAAGUGAAGGCGUGAAUGAAACGUUUGGUGAACUUUUCAAAUCUAUAUAA